UAAGCUAGGCGGUUCGAGCUACGAGAGUUUCGCAGAUUGAAAGUCGAGAGUAAAGUCGUUCCCUCACAGUGGGCGCUUUGCAAGAGCGUGCAAGACGUGGCGCGUAGCGCACGCGCGGCGACACUCCGUGUGCCGCUGUCGCUGCAGCCGCUCAUGCCACACUCCAGCAGACAACAUAAGAGAUCGCGAUCGCGAUAACCGGCUACGUCACUUACACACCUCCCACUUGAAAUGCGAUAAAAGUUCCAAUAAACUUUGCAAGAUAUAUGAUGUGGUCAGUGAGUGGGAUGCGGACGGCGAGGCACGUGGACAGGUUGCGGUGAGAGCGCGAUGCGCGUGCCGCGUCCCGCGCGAUGAGCGCGCGUCGCACGCCCAGCGCGCGCCACCGUCGCCUGCACGCGCUGCUUAUGCUGCCAUUAGUGAUAAACAUCGUGCGAGCACAAAUCGAGCGUGUGUCGGCGGCAGACCGUCUUGAAAACGUGACUCACACCGUGACACGGAUACUAGACGGGUACGACAUCCGACUGAGACCCAACUUCGGUGGCGAUCCUUUGUUUGUGGGGAUGGAUUUGACGAUUGCUAGUUUUGACGCGAUAUCUGAAGUUAACAUGGAUUACACGAUCACACUUUAUUUAAAUCAGUAUUGGAAAGACGAAAGAUUAGCUUUCGGUCUCGCAGACGAGGUUUUGACCCUAUCAGGAGACUUCGCCGACAAGAUUUGGGUUCCAGACACAUUUUUUGCUAAUGAUAAAAAUAGCUUCCUGCAUGACGUGACUGAGCGCAACAAGCUGGUGAGGCUCGGCGGGGACGGCAGUAUCACCUACGGGAUGCGGUUUACCGCUACCCUGGCAUGCAUGAUGGACUUACACUACUACCCACUCGACAGCCAGAACUGCACCGUCGAGAUUGAGAGCUAUGGUUAUACUGUGUCGGACGUGGUGAUGUACUGGAAGGAAACGCCGGUGCGAGGAGUUGAAGAUGCUGAACUGCCACAGUUUACUAUAUUAGGUCACGAAACUAAUGAUAGAAAGGAGAAGUUGGCGACGGGAAUAUAUCAACGGUUAUCGCUCAGUUUUAAGCUACGUAGAAAUAUUGGCUACUUCGUGUUCCAAACGUACUUGCCGAGUAUAUUAAUCGUGAUGCUAUCGUGGGUGUCUUUUUGGAUUAAUCACGAAGCCACAUCUGCUAGGGUUGCUUUAGGUAUAACAACGGUUCUGACGAUGACCACGAUCAGUACUGGAGUGAGGAGCAGUUUGCCUCGCAUUUCAUAUGUGAAGGCUAUCGACAUUUACCUAGUUAUGUGUUUUGUGUUCGUGUUUGCGGCAUUGCUCGAGUAUGCGGCCGUGAAUUACACAUACUGGGGUGCGAGGGCGAGGAAAAGAGCCAAGUUAAAAAAUCGUGAUCAGAUGUCCACCAGUGCCAGCGUGGAGAAAGAUUUAAAAUUAUCUACAGGUUCCCGAUCUCCGGAAGAAAUCAUAGCACUUCGUGAAUGCACAAGCAGUGCUGGCAGAGUGUCGCCCUUGCUAGGCCUACGGUCGAAACCACUACCAACCUCUGCUGGAGCACCGCCCUCUUUGAGGCUGCAGCGGGAGCACACACAUCUGCGAUAUAGGACACGACCUCAUUCUAGAAAUUCAAGAAAUGGUUCUACAAGUAAACCUAAGAUGAUACACGCUCUUCGUCGAGGUGCUACAGUGAUCAAAGCAUCGAUGCCCAAAAUAAGAGAUGUGAAUGUAAUUGACACCUAUUCCCGUGUCGUGUUCCCUGUUUGUUUUCUCGUUUUUAAUGCAGUGUAUUGGGUAUUUUAUAUAUUCGAUUGAAAUUCUUUUGUGAAUCAUGUGACGAGGGCAGGUUAUAAAAAAAUAUUUGCUUAAACUGAAUCGAUCAGAUGAUACUUUCGGAGUUAUGGCGGAGCAAAAACUUUGUCGGUAAAAGCAAUAAGAAUUUUACGAUUCUAAUGAAAUUAUUUAUAAAUUCACAAAUAAGAGUGAUUAGUGAUGAAUAUUUAUUUCCUUAAAGUGUUCAUCGGAUAAAUGAACACCUCCUGUGAGUCGAGCUAUGCCUACGAAUAUUUUUGUAUAUUUAAAUAUGAGUACCGAAUCGAAUAACGUGUGAUUGAAUAUGGUGUGCCAAAACAAUAUACGAACCAACGUUUUUGUCACAAUAUGUUUAGUAUUUAGACUUAAAUGUAAGUAGACAAUAGAGCAUAUCGAAUGUUUACAAUAUUAUUAAAGCUGCCAUAUUGUAUGGAACAAGGGAAAUAUGAAAGGAUGAAUGCUUUUAAUAUCUUAAUUAAGUCAGUGAAAUAUAAUUAAGUAGUUAACAAUUUCAAUUUCGAUCAAUGAAUUUAUAACUAAAAAUUUACUACUAGCGAUAAUAUAUAGAACUAAACUAUUUGUCUGCGGUGCAGUAAAUUUAAGUAAUAAUUGAAAGUAAAAGCCCCAUUAUCAAAACUUGUAAUUCGACAAAUCUUCCUAGGUUAUUCUUAUUUAUUAUAUGUGUAAAUUAGAUGUUCAUAUUCGUUGUACAUAAUAAAUAUGUAAUAGAAUGAACGUCUCAAAUGAAGAUGCAGUAGUAGUAAAUUGAUAUUAGAAAAAUGAUUGCAAGCCAAUAGCAUAACA